AUGUACCCAUCCGCUUGCAGAGGACAAUCCGGCAGGAGGACCUCUAUCCCAGUUCCUGCGGGCACCCCCCCUCCUUACCAAGAAAAGUGGCGGGAAGGAACCCGCGCGACCGAAACACGUGGACAGCGAAGCCGUGCUGAAAUUCCACAAUUAACCACGCAAAGAUACGUGGACACCGCCAGAAAUGGCGCACUUCAAGCUCACGGUGAUCGUGACGCUUAUUUUAUAACUAAAAACACAAAAAACCACGGCGGAAUGCCGGUAAAACAAAAUUUUAACACCGCACCUCUCACAGUUGAAAAGUGGGAAUGCGGACCAAAAAAACUAAACUAUUUAUAUUCAGAGGAAGAACUUUCCUCACCCAGAGAGCGGGCGAACAGCCAACACCUUAAACAUAACGUAAAUGUGGAAACAGGAUCCACAACAAACGGACAGCGCAGCCACGCUGUAAUUCAGAAAUACGCUGAUGUCGUCAUAAACGGCGUAUUUCAAGGUCACGGUGAUCGUGACUUUUAUUUAAAAAACAAAAACGAUAAGGAACACGGCGGAAUGCCGUUAAAACAAGUCUUUAACACCGCACCUCCCACGGUUGAAAAGUUGGGAAGCGGACCUAAAAAUGCUAAUUAUUUAUAUUCCGAGGAAGAAUAUUCCUCACCCAGAAAACGGGCCAGAAGCCAACAAGAUAACGAUAACUUAAACGUGGAAACAAAAUCCACAACAAACGGACAGCGCAGCCACGCUGUAAAUCAGAAAUACGCUGAUGUCGUCAUAAACGGCGUAUUUCGAGGUCACGGUGAUCGUGACUUUUAUUUAAAAAACAAAAACGAUAAGGAACACGGCGGAAUGCCGGUAAAAAAAGUUUUUAACACCGCACCUCCCACGGUUGAAAAGUUGGGAAGCGUGCCAAAAAAAUUUAAUUAUUUAUAUUCCGAGGAAGAACUUUCCUCACCCAGAGAGCGGGCUGACAGCCAACACCUUAAACGUAAUGUAAAUGUGGAAACAGGAUCCACAACAAACGGACAGCGCAGCCACGCUGUAAUUCCGAAAUACGCUGAUGUCGUCAUAAACGGCGUAUUUCGAGGUCACGGUGAUCGUGACUUUUAUUUAAAAAACAAAAACGAUAAGGAACACGGCGGAAUGCCGGUAAAAAAAGUUCUUAACACCGCACCUCCCACGGUUGAAAAGUUGGGAAGCGGACCUAAAAAUGCUAAUUAUUUAUUUUCCGAGGAAGAACUUUCCUCACCCAGAGAGCGGGCUGACAGCCAACACCUUAAACGUAAUGUAAAUGUGGAAACAGGAUCCACAACAAACGGACAGCGCAGCCACGCUGUAAUUCAGAAAUACGCUGAUGUCGUCAGAAACGGCGUAUUUCGAGGUCACGGUGAUCGUGACUUUUAUUUAAAAAACAAAAACGAUAAGGAACACGGCGGAAUGCCGGUAAAAAAAGUUUUUAACACCGCACCUCCCACAGUUGAAAAGUUGGGAAGCGGACCUAAAAAUGCUAAUUAUUUAUUUUCCGAGGAAGAACUUUCCUCACCCAGAGAGCGGGCUAACAGCCAACACCGUAAACGUAAUGUUAAUGUGGAAACAGGAUCCACAACAAACGGACAGCGCAGCCACGCUGUAAUUCAGAAAUACGCUGAUGUCGUCAGAAACGGCGUAUUUCGAGGUCACGGUGAUCGUGACUUUUAUUUAAAAAAGAAAAACGAUAAGGAACACGGCGGAAUGCCGGUAAAAAAAGUUUUUAACACCGCACCUCCCACAGUUGAAAAGUUGGGAAGCGGACCUAAAAAUGCUAAUUAUUUAUUUUCCGAGGAAGAACUUUCCUCACCCAGAGAGCGGGCUAAAAGCCAAGACCUUAAAAUUAAUAUAAAGACGCAAACAGGGGCCACAACACACGCACGCCUUUCACACCCGGCCGGGAAAAGGAUCGCGGAGCCGUGGCUCCCACAAUUCGAUGAACUCCAGGGAGCCUUCGAGCUGGCGAAAACACUCGACACAGCCAUCGUCGAGCACACCGAUCUGGCUGGGAAACUGUUCGCCAGACACACCGCCAUGCUCAAGCGACAUUUCGAGUGGGCGAAUCCUAUCCACAGCAGCUUCUAUUACUGCACAGCUGUGGAUGUCAACGGAGCCGGUUGCACAUACGCAAACGACUCCGAAAAGGCGGUCCAGGACCACAUUCGCGAGCGCCACCCCGGGUCCGGAGCAACACCACGACGAUUCGGAAUGUCACCAUUCCACGGCGGCAUGGCGACAAUCGGGCCGUCGUGCUCGAUAACGGCCGCCGUCGCCGCUGUCUGCACGAUGCCGGGAAUCCCGGACAUCGAUGCAACUCUCCUCCGAGCCUUCCGCGGAUCCACGGCCGACACCGCGCGGGAGGUGAUCGGAGCACUCGGCCUCCAGCUUCCCACCUCACCGGGAUGGGCCCUGGAGAAACUCACGGCACAGGACGACGCCAUCAGACGCACCUUCGCCGCCACGGCGCGCCAAGACAUCUACUGUUCCUGGUGCGGUGAAACGGAAGAGGGACAGCCAGAGCCACAGAUAGCAACUGUGACCUACGAGGCGCCGGCCGGCGGCCUCCCAGGCACCACGGCGACCGCUAUCAGCGAGGCAUUCGGCCACGUAUCGGCCAACUUGCCUCACCACUGCCCGGCUUGCCGCACCGAAGGCGCCACUCUAUCUGCACUGUCGGUUUUUCUCUUCGGAGAAGCCGUGGCAAUCACAGUCAUACCGCCAGCUGGAAACCAGAAAGCGGUAGGUCUGCCGGAAUUGCCGCUGGAGGUGAUGCUCCCGACGGCGCUCUUCAGCCAGAACCCCUAUAAACUCCACGCCGCGAUCUGCGCCACGACGUCGAAGCACGUGGUCGCAUACGUCCUGUGCCGGGAAGAUGGGAAGGAGCAAUGGCACCGCUACGACGGCACCGUUCAC